CGCCAAUCGUACUAGACUUCACUACAGUGUACAGUGUGUUCCUGGACUCGUUGCAUUUGCAACUGUUGUUGCUUUACUUGAAUAUUUAUCUACUGACGCAGCUGUCUACAAAAAGCUCAGCUAAGUGUCUUGUUGGAUUUUAUCUAUCCAUUAUACAUAAUGUCAGCAGGCACAGACAGUACUAGCAGUACAUCAAGGAUUUGUGGUGUUAAGAGGAGAAGAAUGAAAGACCAUGAAGCUAGUAAGGAAAACAAGCCAGUCCUCACAGGAAUUCACUCUGCUCGUACAAAAUCUAAAAUUUCAGAGUCUGGCAUGAAAGGCCACAAAAUUUCAUGUGGAGGUUGGAAAAGUGCAAAGGUUAACAUCAAGAAAUUGCAGUCAAUUUUGCCUAGUUCAUCAGUAAACAGUUCUUGCACGUAUGAAAAUAUUGCUGAGGAAAGUUUCAAGUCAGUGGUUCAUCAUGAAACACUAACAGCAGCUCUCCUUGCAUCAAUUAGUAGAGAAGCAAAUAUGUCUCAUGAUAAGGCAAGUACAUUCUCACUGAAUCAUGUAAGAGAAUCAUGCGCAGAAGUUUUUCAACAGUUACAAAAGUUGCCAGAGUGUAUGGAUAGUCCUGAUAUUUUUGAAGCGUAUAUGACUCAUGCUGCUGAAGAGUUCUGUAGUAACCUUGUCUGUGAAGCAUAUAGUCAAGCAACACAACAUCAGAAUCGUUCUGAUUCUUUGGAUGAAAAUGCAGUUUCAGAUUUUUGCGUACGUGAUCAGUCGCUUCCUAUUUCACAUACUGCAGAAGUUGGUGCAAAGCAUUUAGAAGUCUGCCAUCAGAGUAGCCUUAUUCAGGAGCCUUUUAGAGACUUAAUAACACCAAAGAAGAACAAGAAAGAUGGGGAAAGGAAUUGCCUGGAACAUGAUCAGGUUUCUAGACCUAGAAAAGUGCCAGCCAAGAGCCUAAUGUCAACGCACACUGGCUCACCAGUUAAAUUACUUGAAUGUACUCCAGGCUCAAUAAGGCAAAUGAAGAGGUUCCCAAAAGGAAAAAAGAAACUUGAGUAUUCUUUGAACAUCAUUAAUGAGAAAAAAACAGGAAGACCAGUUGUACAUAAAAGAGCAGCUGUUGACAUGUGUAGUGGGCCCUCAGAAGUAGGUGGUAAGAGCUUAUGCUCCUCUCAUCCAAAUGUGAGGUCGCAACAUCGGUAUUUAGAAAGUGAAAGCAUAAUCUCUGGAUGGCAAGAUUUACCAGCUUCGCAGACCAACUCUUCACACUCAUUCUCCUUUUCAAAAAGUGACAUAUUUAAACCUGUAGGUUCUAGGAUUACAAUGUCACCGGAUGCACGGCCAAGUCCAGUUCUCUUGGGAAAAAUCUCGGCAGGGAUGAAGGGUAACCAGAGUGAAAUUUCUAGCGCCCCAGGUACUGUUGGAUCUAAUCUAGAUAAGAAGUCAGGGUUGCAUAUGUGUUUUAAUUUGUUACCAGUUGAAAAAGUAGCCUCAUCAGAAAAUGCAAUUUCAAAUGAAAGGAGUGCAAGCCCUCAAUUGCCUAUCAGUGUCUCACUUUUUGGUAGAAAUCCUAAAUCUACUAGUUCAGCUUCUGAGGAGCCAUCACAGAAACCUCUAGGACUCAGAAUCAAUUCAAAUGGCUUAUUUUCCUAUUUAGAAGAAUCUCCAAUUUUGUCAACCCAUUGUAAAUCUAGGAAUACCUUGAAGACUUUGCAGCCAAAUUUUCAUGUGAGAUGUAAAUUUAAUCAGAUGAAAUCAUCAGUUAUUUCUCCUCAUGAAGAUGUAUGCAAAGCUGAUGAAACUAUGGAUAAGUGGAAAGUUGCAGGCAUUAUUAAUAUGUCAGGUGUAACUCCCAAUGCCACGGGACAUAAUAGGGGUGAGUUGAGUUCAGAAUUUGAGACAUCAGAUUCUCCAUCAGAAUUCUCUUCAGAAGAUUCAAAGAGUUUGAAUUUAUUGGAGUUCCAGUUACCAAUAGAUGAAACUGAGGAGGAAUUGUUUGUAACACCCACACAAAGGAGAGAUAAGGUCAUACCAUUGGAAGGAGAUUCUUUCGUUACCCCUGUUGGAAGGGAUAUGUUGUUUUACCCAAGGGAAGCACCACAGAAAUCCAAAAAGUUUAUUUCUUUGAAUUCUGCACCAAAGUGCCGACGCAGUCUUAUUAGAAAAUUCAUGAGUAUGUCCCCACAGUGCAGUACAUAUCUUCAGACCCCACCAGAAACACCAGAAGAGGAUGAUUACAUUCUACUCAAAAUGGAGAGUGAUGAAGAAUAGUUGAAACUUCCGUAGAAGGGGUAAAAUGGUGGAGGGAGUUUCAUGUACGUUAGUGAUCUGGUGGAGGUGACGUGAUCCUUGAUGGUAUAUUUGAUGCACUACUGUAUCUGGUUUGUUUGGCAAAGGAAUUUAGAAACCUUUCAAAAAUGUUUUAGUACAUAAAGAAUGAGUAGUAAUUGGGUGUAACUACACAUUUUCUUUUUUCAAUAUGUCGAUUUCAUAUGCAACUGUUAAUUUUUCAUGGAUAUAGGCAGCUUGUUUUUUUAAGUUUGCCAUGAGCCUAAAAGAAACUAUUUUUAUUUGCUUGCAUGUGUUAUAGUAUUAGAUAAUUGUAGAAAUAUAGUACUGUAUUGUUCUUAUGUUAUUAUCAUAAAUGUUUGUAUGUUGACUUAUCCCUUCAUUGGUUGGCAUAGACACGAAUUGAGUACUCGCCUCUUCAUUCUGUCUUGUGCUCUUUCUGCUAGAAUUCCUGUUAAGUCUAAGUCUUCAUCUGUUGCCUUCUAAGAUUUUCUGGGCCAUCCUAUAGGACUGUCUUGCUUUUUGGCCAACUUUUCCUCAUCCUUUCUCAUUACAUUUCUAACUUUUCCUCAUCCUUUCUCAUUACAUUUCCAACUUUUCCUCAUCCUUUCUCAUUACAUUUCCAACCCAUCUUAGUCUUAAAGGUCUGUGUAUUAUAGAGAAGGUCAAAUAUAUUUAUUUAUGCUUUAGAAUAUAUAUUAUAGUUUUAUCAUGAAUCAUGUAUGCUUUACAGUAUAUUUCAUCUUCAUUUCAGAAGGCUAGGAUAGUUUGAGUAGUAUAAGUGGACAUUGUAUGUAUAUAUUUAUUAACAUUAGAUAUUAAGUUAUUGUAGUUUUUGGUGAUUUUGUCAAUUGAAGUUCAUCAGUGCUAUUUCAAAAUAUCUUUGAGCUAGUUUUUAGCUCAUUUGUCAUGAAAAGUUUAUUUUAGAUGAUAUCAUAGGUAAUAUUUCCACAAUAAUAAAAUCACAGGUAAUUUUAGAAAUGAAAAUGGAUGAUUGUCUGUAGCAAUUUCAAUAUCUGUGUUGCUUAAGCCAAUAGAAUUAUAUUAGAUCUGAAUUUCAUUGCUUUAGUGUAUGCUUGUAUUUAUAGUUUUAGCCAACAAGAGGGAAGAAAAAAUGUCAAAACUAGCUGCAAAAACAUGGAAAGAAGGGGUCUUAUUGGACCAAGAGUUCUAUUCUUAAGUCAGACUCAAAUAAUAUGAUUAAGGCACAAGGAAAAUCCUUGUUCUUCUAGCACUUAACUUAAUAUACAUUUUAAUUAAAUUUUGCUCCUUCAUUCCACAUGGUGUUAAUAACAUUUAAUGAUCUAUAUGUUCCUGUAUUGCUUCUUUUGGCUUUAUUAAUUCAUUCCAUAUAUGGAGAACAUUUUUUUCCCAUUUAAAAACAAUACUUUUAUUUACAACAGAAUUGAGCAUGCUAAAGAUUUGUCUUUUGUAAACAGUUUUUGUUCACAUAGUAAUUCAAGUUUAUUAUGUGAAAUUGUCUUGAAAAAUUUGCAGUGGCAGUAGUGUAUAUAAUUAUAUACUUUACCAUGACAGUAGCUAUGAUUAAAACAAAGGAAUUUUGAAACUAAUGAAAAAUACUUAGUUUGCGUGAAGUGCAAUACACUUGAUGUAGUACUGUAAUAGGAGUGAUACAGUAUAAAGGUUUAUAUGUAGAAUGGAAAGACAAACAGAUAAACUGACAACAUAUAUAUAAAAGUUUGUUACGGUGCUUAACAUGUAGGCUAUUAAUUUUACCUCAGAACUUGUACAGGCAAAAGUAUUUCAGUUCCACACCGUGUAAUUUUCAUGAACUACAACCCGCAUACGUGUAUGCACGCCUAGAAUUUUAUCUGUAAGAGACAGUCAUCCUGGUCAGAAACCGACUCAAGUUAUACAUAGCAUUCUUUGCAUUGCAGUGAUGUUAUGCAUAUGAAAUAAUCUUAUCUGGAGGCCAGCUCUAAUUGAGUGCAGUUUUGUGCUUUCUCUUUUCAUGCAAUAUUUUAAUUUAGGAAUCAUGGUUAGAAAAUUAUGAAAAUAUUACUAUUUACGUCUAGUAAAGGGGAGAUGAGUUUGGGUUUAGUUGUUAAUAUUACUACUGUUCUUUAUAAUUUGGGUAAUUGUUCCACUUUACAGUAAUAUGUUGUCAUUGUAUUUGUGAAUUUUCUUUUGCACAAUGGUUGUAAUUGAGAGAGGGGUUUGCUUGCCAGGUGUUGGUUUAGAGUGGAUUGUUCCAUAAUUUUUGAGAACAGUGGGAUUUUAAUAUUUGUUCUUGAUGAAAUGUAAGUUGAAUAUGUUUAACCAUCUUUGGUUAAAUGUUUCAAAUAUUUUAUGUGCAUUUACUGCGGAAACUAAUGAUUAGAAUUUUAUUCAAAGAUUUACUACAUGUUGAGAAAAGUAAUAUAUGAAUGCUGUAAAAGGAAUUUUACUCAUAAAUCAUUUUUUCUGAAAAUAUUGUAUUUUUAUAGGACUGCAUGUUUUCUUAUUUUUUUAUAAAAUAUUUUUUAUUGAGAAUAUAUUUUCUAUGGACAUGAUGAUAAACUUAUAGAAAUAAACCUUUAGUUUUCUGUGAA